AUGGCAUCUGUCCCAGGCUAUUCUGCAGCAGGCAGGACUCGAUCCUCUGAUGGCUCCACAUCCGCCAACCUUGACGGAAGCUCCACCAUGCACGACGGCGCAACGCCCCAGGCUGAAUCGAUGGAGGAUACCGAGACGGUGUUUCUGAACAAGAGCCCUUCCUCCACCCAGAGUGCAGAAAGUGUGACCAACGUCUCCACCAAGCCCGCCAGUCGACCCUCAGUUCCCGUUGAUACCUCCAAUCACGACGAACCACGCAAGUGUUGGAUUUGCUAUACAGACGAGACGGAGGAGUCGCCGCUCAAUUCGGAAUGGCGGUCGCCGUGCCCAUGUGCUUUAACAGCCCAUGAGGCUUGUUUGCUAGACUGGCUUGCAGACCUAGAGAACCCGCGGUCGCGCAGAGGCAAUGGCGCCGGUGCAAAGAUGGUGUGUCCUCAAUGCAAGACCGAGAUUGUCGUCACUCGCCCACGCAGCUACAUUGUCGAUAUUCUUCGCCUGAUGGAGCGGAUAGCGGGGCGACUGGUCUUGCCGGGCAUGGUAUUCACCGUGGCCGGGACGGUAUGGGCGGGAUGCUGUGCACAUGGUGCUUACUCAAUGUAUCUUGUUUUCGGGACCGAGGAAGCCAAACAAAUAAUGGAGGAGAGUGUGGAUGGUAUAUGGAAUCCUGGACUAAAUCUCGGAUUGCCUCUGAUCCCUCUCGUGCUGAUCUUCUCCCGCACGCGUUACGCCGAGGGCCUACUCCCAGCCAUCCCCGUCCUCUUCUUCGCUGCCCACAACCCGGGACAGGAAGCUGACUUUGACCUGUGGCCACCCACUCCCGCUAUGACCUUCGCCGCCCUUCCCUACGUCAAAAGUUUCUAUGGCGCAAUGUAUGACCGGCUCUUUGGCCAGUUGGAAAGAAAAUGGAUUGCCGAGGUCCAGCCUCGUGCGGCGGAGGAGAUUUUAGAUGAUGCCCAACAGCAAGAUCAGGCCGAGGGCCUGAACCGGUUUGGAGAAAAUGCAAAUGGACAGAUUCUUAUGGAGUUCGACCUGGAGUUGCAAGUGGGCAUGGGCAACGAGGAUGACCCGGCAGAAGCGCAAGGCCUCCCCGCUGGAGAGGGUCAGGAUGGUCCCGGCCCAGCGGAACAGGGCCAGGGCCAGGGUGCGGACCAAAACCACGGGCCCGUCUUGGGGCUUGGGCGGCGACAGAACGAAAUCAUCCAUGAUACCGGCAACCUUGCGGAUGUCGUUCUCGGGGCACUUGUGUUCCCGGCCAUUUCGGCUUCGGUGGGUGGCUUGUUGAAGUAUGUUCUGCCUAAAUCCUGGACGACGCCAUCCUCUGUCCUUGAACGCGGCCGCUCGGGACUUCUCCAAACCCGGUGGGGCCGCAGUGUGGUGGGCGGAUGUGUUUUCGUGCUGCUGAAAGAUGCGCUGGUGCUGUACUGUCGGUGGAAGCUGGCGCAGACUCACCGGCGACGUAAAGUGUUGAACUAUGACCGAGCGAAAAAGCAUGCCAGGCGGUAG